UGAAAAUCAGCUUAAAUUCACUGCUGACUAUUUUUAUCGUCGGCAACGUCACACGUGUACAAACUCCAGAUGUUGACAUUUGACAAAACUGUAUACAUGUUUUCUACAGUAUAACGCAAGGAAAAUGUAAUCUGAUCACUGAAAAAACUGGCCAUGGAUAGUGAGGCCAUAUUUUAUGGCAUCAAGCUUGUCUUGGUGUGCAUUGUAUGGUACAUUUCCAGUGCGAGCGGAAAUAUUAUUGGAAAGUUGGUGUUGACAGAAUUUCCGUAUCCUAUGACAGUGACUCUCGUCCAGCUUAUAUCAGCAGCAGUUUAUUUAGGCCCGAUCCUAGGACUUCUAGGUGUCCCACACACAGGCAAUGUUCCUAAAAGAUAUUAUUUCACCAUGAUUAUUCCACUGGCAUUGGGGAAAUUCUUGUCAUCACUGUCUUCUCAUGUCAGCAUCUGGAUAGUUUCUGUUUCAUACGCCCACACUGUGAAAGCCACCUUGCCAUUAUUUACUGUUGUUCUUUCAAGAGUUCUGCUUGGGGAAACACAAACAUAUCCAGUAUAUUUAUCAUUACUGCCCAUCAUAGGAGGUGUUAUCAUUGCUACAUUAACUGAAGUAUCAUUUGAAUUUAUGGGAUUACUCAGUGCUCUUGGUGCUACACUGGGAUUCUCGUUAAUGACUAUUUUCUCUAAAAAGUGUCUACAUGAAACUGGUCUUCAUCAUUUACGAUUACUAGUGUUACUGUGUAGAAUAUCUGCUUUAUGUUUCUUCCCUGUUUGGUUGAUAUUUGACUUUAGAAAAAUUAUCUACAGUGAGGAUACAGUAGUAGAGGGAAAGUCGCUGGCCACUCCAGUAUUAUUAUUGUUUUUUGAUGGCUUGUUCAGCAUGUUACAGAAUGUAUUUGCCUUCACUGUCCUGGCUAUGGUGUCUACAUUAAGUUAUGCUGUAGCUAAUGCCACAAAGAGAGUGGUUAUAAUUGGUGCUUCUCUGUUCGUUUUACAGAACCCUAUUACUAUGUCUAAUUUUAUUGGCAUGAUGGUCGCAAUAUUUGGGGUGUUAGUUUAUAACAAGGCUAAAUAUGACCAAAAUCAAGCAAAAAAGAGAGAGACAAUUCUUCCCUAUAUUCGUAGUGACUCGAAUCUCAAUGCACAUUACAAAGGCAGUCUUCCUCAUUCCAAAAGUAUGUCUAAUCUACGGGAAAAUGGAUAUGUCCAUCCUGAUGAUCAUAUAUUGUUACAGAAUAAUGUACAAAUGGACCAUGUGACGUUGCUUCCACCAAUGAAAGAUGAUAAAGAAAGAGGUUUUGGACUUUCUGAUUUGCAUUCCAGAGGAGUUCAUCAUGUGUGAUAGAAAUGUUUUUAUGUAAUUUACGCAAUGCAGAUUUAUCUUAUAGGCAACCAUUUGUUUUUUUAUCGUUUACAUUAUUUGAGGUAAAUGUUUUCUAAACUGUGAUAAAAGAAUUAUAAUAGCAUUAUUUUGCAAUCAUUUUGUCAUAGUGAAACCUAGCCAAACAGAACCCUUUCGGAUCUGAAUAUUUUGUUUUUUUUAGGUACUGUGGUUUUGAAUAUGCAUGAAAAAAUUAAUAAUGUAUGUCCAAUUCAUAGCCUGUGACUUACCUUUUAUCUUUACCCAAAACAAAAUUUUGAAAAAACCAAGUCUCUCUAAGUUUUUGGCUCUUUACAUUAAGUAAAGUGUGUGCUUCAGUACGGUUUUGUUUAAAUCAGAAUUUAUGGUAGAAUUAACGAAACAGUUAUAAACUUGAGGUAAAUCAGGUAUGAUAAUUUUUCUAAUAUAUUGUAUAAGUUUAUAACUGAUUUAUUUAUUUUAAAAGUAUUUUUGUGCAGCAUAUUGUUGGACCAAAGUUUUAUUGUUUAAAAUCCACAGCUAUUGCGUAAUCAUGUGCUUGAAGAUUGUUGUAUGUACAGGAUACUUACAAUUUGUUAAUUAUAUAGAUAAUAAAAGCUUGUGGAAAAACAGUUUUGAGUUAGUCUACCAUUUUAAAUGAAUUAUGUACAGCAAACAUUUAGUUUCUGUCGCCAUAAAACAAUGAAAUUAGUGAUAAAAUAAACAUUUUUGGUUUAACAAAUUACGAUGUUUUCUGUUUAUUAUGACUAAAAUAUUAAUUUUUAUGGCAUUGAAUAUCAUUUGUUUUAACAAAAGGGUGCAGGAAUUCAUUUGAUAAAAGAUAUCUACAUACUUAUUUUAUAACUAGUCAUAGAUUUAUUGAUGUAAGAUUAUCUUCAGCUUAGUAAUCAAAUAUGUUCUCAAUGAAAUAGAAAUUGAAAAAAUAUAUUUUGGUAUUGAUGACUAUAUUUGUUUUUUCCCUCUGCUUGACUGAAUUUUAGUUUAAAGAAGUGUCUUGUAUAUUUUACAUCAAACAACUGUCCUAUAUCAUUGAAAUCAUCACCGUUUGGACAUGGUUCAAAUCCUUUUGUCUACUAUUAAUGUGAUUAACCUAAUUUUGAUGGGCGAGAUCCUGCUGAUAAUGUUCAUGCUUUCUGGAAUCUCACCUUCAGUAUUAAGAAUUUUUAGUUUAUGGAAUUCUUCACAAUCCUUGCAAUUGGAAUUGCAAUUGUUUGCUUUUUAUCAUGACAUUAACUUUGCAAGAGAUCAUAUUUUUUCAAAGAUUUAUGGCAUUUUUGAAAAUAUUACAAGGAAGGAAGGUUUCAUGGUAUUGUCCAUGUAGAGGCUAAGAGAAUAUUAAAACAAGAAAAGAAAACAAUAAUCAUAAUUUUCAUUCUAUUCAUGUAUCAACAGCUCAUCCUGUAAAAGAUGAAUGCUCUCAUAGAUGACUUAUUUAUUUUAUUUAACAUUGUACAUGAUCCCUAAUCGGAUAUAAAGUAUUAUAAUCAAAUCUGACACAAUAUUUGUUAUUUUGUUUAGGGUAAUACUUUAACUUAUGAAAUUAUUCUGUACAUUUAUUAUUGCGAUUUUGUCAUUUUAGACUCAAAAUAGAAGGUUUUUCCGCCAAAUAGUUAUUAAGUGCUCAAAAAAUGGUGUGAAAAUGACUACAUGAAAUUUCCCUUCUGAACAUUUUAAUAGGAGGGAGAUCUCCAAGUAUGAAACAUUAAAACACAGAAACAUAUGGUAUUCAUACAGGAUUUUUCAGAGCCUAUGUAUCAAUUUAUUUUUCAAUCUUGAUUCUGAAUAUAUUGUUAUAUUGUUUACUGCAUAUUAUAAAUGAACCAAUAACCAUGUACCUAGUCAAAUGCAUCUGAAAACACAAGUCUCAUUUUGAUACAGUCAGGAAAUUAAAGAUUAGUACUGCCAUUGUUUUAUAUUAAUACUACUGGUAUUUUUAUUUUUUUUAACUCCUUGCAAUGCAACAGCAUACAUGAUAAUAAAAAAUAUAGCAGAUAUUUCAAUGAAAAAAAUCAUAUCUGCCAAACUAUAUAAAAUAUUAACAUCAAAUUGGUUCAUAUUUAAAAAAAAAACCACUAAAAAUAACCAACUGCAGUCUGUAUCUCCUCCUCAGAUGUAUAAAUACUCUGGCUGCAAGUGACUAUACAGGAAUCUAGUCUAAAUUUUAUUUAUCUAUCAUAUUUAUACAUUAAAGUUAAUUGUCAGCGACUGUUAUUUAUUUGUUAUGAGUUGGUGUACUGUAAUCAGUUUCAUACUGACAAUGCUAUUUGUUUAGUAAAUUGUAUCAAUAUGCUUUAUACUUUGUCACAUUUUUUGUGAAUAGUGUAAAGUUUUACAGUAUUAAAGGAAUUAUUUCUUCCUGUUUCUUACAAACAGCAAACAUUUGUUGUAACUCUGAAACACAAUAUACAUGUAUCAUUAUUCCAUAUAUUAAAAUGUUUUUAUAAAAAUAUGAAUUGCCUAAGCUUUUCAUCUCAGCUCACCUGGCUAUGUAAGCUAUUUUUGUCACUUGGUGUACAUAUAUCAUCUGUAUCUUCUUUUUAUUUACAUUUAUUCUGUAACUCCUGAACCAAUUUCAAACAAAGAUGAAUUUAAUGAUCAUUCCAGCAUCUUUUUAUGAAGUUUUGCUUUUUGUUUAUGCUAAUUAACCAUCAUGGUUGCCAUGACUAAAAAUAGAACAUAAGGGUAAAAUGAAUUGAUUCACAAAAAUGCUUAUAUGACCAAAUCCAUUUGGUGACUUCUUUUAGGAUUAAUAACCCUUAAGGUAAAUUAUGAUUUCGGACCAAUUUUCUAAUAUUGCCGAUUACAUUGAAAUUAUAGAAGAUAGGCAGCAAUACAAGAUAUAAAUUGAUAGGUGAGUGAUUCAGGAUUUAAAUUCUUAGUAUUUUCUGAUUAGAAGCCAUGAUUGUUUUACAAUCCAUGACGGCAUAAGCCUAAAAUAUCUUGCCAGUUCUGUUAAUUUUUUCUUCAAAUUUUGUGUAUUAAUAAAAUAUAAAGAGUUGAUUAUUCAGAAUAUUUUUGAUGUAAUUUGGAAAUAAUUUAUUUUUAAUAUUUUAUCUCGAGUUAUUGAGGUAAAACUUUAUAGUGAUAUUAGAAUUGGAAGGCAUGCAUCCUAAUAAAUAGUUAAUGUUACAAAAUGUUUGUUAUAAGUGUUUAUUGACAUCAGUUUUGAAUGUAGAAUUUAUUUGAAUUUAUUUAUUGUUUUUUAUCAUAGAUAUUUGUCUUGCAUUUUUAUGAUGGUUUUGAUAGUGUUUGCAAUCACUGUUUUGACCAACAUUUACUUUAUAAUAAAAUUGUUGAUGCUGAAUGCAAAGUUACAUUGUUAAAGGUAUAUUUUAUAUUGAAGGAUUAAAGGAAAAAUAAAAAAAGUUUUUAAAUAGA